AUGUCUGAAGAAAAAAACGAAGAUACUCGCACUGAUGGAAGAGCUUGGGUAGGUGUUGACAAAGCUUGGGUAGCUGUUGACACCCCUAAUGGGAGAACAUGGUUAGCUUUUGAUACUGAGUACAGGGGAAGAAGUGGCUUCUUUAGCUAUGGCAAUGAAUUAAACAGAGGAAUGAGGGCUAAAAGUGGUAAGAAUCAGCAUGCUUUUGCACCAGCCUUUCCAGUAAUGAAACAACAGGAUUUACCAGCAAGUCUAAGCAAAGAGACUACUAUUGUUCCUGACAGAGAAAAAUACAACCAACCUGAUUUUCUAAAAGAAUGUGCUGAUGCCAAAUUCUUUGUCAUCAAGUCCUACAAUGAAGAUAAUAUUCACAAGAGCAUAAAAUACAACAUGUGGGUCAGUACAAAAAAGGGCAAUAAGAAGCUUGAUGUCGCAUACCAAGAGGCCCAGCAGAGACCUGGUAGAUGCCCUGUUUUCCUAUUCUUCUCGGUUAAUACGAGUUGUCAAUUUGUGGGACUUGCUGAAAUGAUUCGUCCUGUUAAGGAUGUUUCUAACAAUUUGUUGAGGCACGUCACGCUGGAAAACAACAAGAACAAACCUGUCACAUAGAGUCUGAGAGAGUCGGGAUACCUAAGAGGUAAUGUUGGAGGCUGGGCUCAAAUUAAUCAAAAUCAAAAUAUACUGAGUAACACAUGUUUUUUUGGAUGAUUUUGGGUUUUAUGAGGCCCGUCAGAAGAUUAUCCUGAGGAAGAAUGCAAUAUUUGAAUACCUAAAU